AUGAAGGCCACGGAGAAGCAGCAUCUGUUGGACGCCAGGCCCGGAGCCAGGUCAUACACAGGAUCUGUAUGGCAGGAUGGGGCUGGCUGGAUCCCUCUGCCCCUACCUGGCCUGGACUUGCAGGGCACUGAACUUUUGGCCCACAGCAACCAUUACUGCCAUGCCCAGAGGGAUCCUGGCAGCCACUGUGACCCUAAGAAGGAGAGAGCCCGCCGCCAACUCUGUGUGGCCUCUGCCAUCUGCCUGGUGUUCAUGAUUGGGGAAGUUGUUGGCGGGUACCUGGCACAUAGCUUGGCCAUCAUGACCGAUGCUGCCCACCUGCUCACUGAUUUUGCCAGCAUGCUCAUCAGCCUCUUCUCCCUCUGGAUAUCCUCCCGGCCAGCCACUAAGACCAUGAACUUCGGCUGGCAGCGAGCUGAGAUCCUGGGAGCCCUCUUGUCUGUGCUGUCCAUCUGGGUCGUGACUGGAGUGCUGGUAUACCUGGCAGUGGAGCGGCUAGUCUCUGGGGAGUAUGAAAUUGAAGGGGGCACCAUGCUGAUCACAUCAGGCUGUGCUGUGGCCGUGAACAUCAUAAUGGGGCUGACCCUUCACCAAUCUGGCCACGGGCACAGCCACGACACCAGCGAGCAGCAGGAGAACCCCAGCGUCCGAGCUGCCUUUGUCCAUGUGAUUGGGGACUUUCUACAGAGCUUGGGCAUCCUGGUGGCAGCCUAUGUUUUAUACUUCAAGCCAGAGUACAAGUACAUAGACCCUGUCUGCACCUUCCUUUUCUCCAUCCUGGUCCUGGGGACGACCCUGACCAUCCUGAGAGAUGUGAUCCUGGUGCUGAUGGAAGGGACCCCCAAAGGUGUGGACUUUAUGGCUGUGCGGGAUCUGCUGCUGUCGGUGGAGGGGGUGGAAGCCUUGCACAGCCUGCAUAUCUGGGCGCUGACUGUGGCCCAGCCCGUGCUGUCUGUCCACAUUGCCAUUGCUCAGAACGCAGAUGCCCAGGCUGUGCUGAAGGUGGCCAGCACCCGGCUCCAGGGGAAGUUCCACUUCCACACAAUGACCAUCCAGAUUGAGGACUACUCUGAGGAUAUGAAGGACUGUCAGGAGUGCCAAGGCCCCUUGGACUGACUGCCUGGCCAGGCACCAGCUGGGAUACGAGCAGGACCUGCAGGUGGUAGGGCUGAGUGUCCCCCAGCCCAGCCAGGACUCUGCUACCCAGUCUGCUUUAUCAACUAGGUCCCCUCCUGACCGCUGCUUCAC